AUGUCUUCGUCCGACUCUGCUGAUAACAUUUCCAAGUGGGAGGAACGUGUAUGCAUAAACAGUGGAAGAAAGUUUUACAAACCAAAAGUCAGUGGAUCUCUUACACCUGCUGUUGGAAUGCUUUUUAAGUCAUUUGAUGAGGCAUUUGCAUUUUAUCAGAGAUAUGCACUUGCUGCAGGAUUUCAUGUUUCCAAAGCAAUAGAUUCUGGUUCAGUUGAGAAUAGUAAAAGAAUUGUUAGACGUAAUAGAGGUUCAAAAAGAGUUGGAUGCAAUGCUCAUGUGAAACUAAUAUUAGAGGACAAUAAUAUGUUUAAACUCUACUUCUUUGAACAAGAACAUAAUCAUAUCUUUGUUGAAGAUGAAGAUAUUCAUUUCUUGUCGGCUGCCAGAAUUGGAGCUAGUAAAGUUGAUUGUAAGAAUUAUAGAAGGGAUUUGAAUCUUUACAUCGGAGAGUAUGAUGCAGAAAUGGUAGUUAGGCGCCUUAUUAGGAAGAAAGAAUGUUGUCCUGGAAUCAAAAAAAAUUAUACAGUGUUUGGUGACAUAUUUGGUUUUGAUGCUACUUAUAAAUCAAACAAGUAUGAUUUGGUUUUUGUACCAUUUACUGGUAUUGAUAAUCAUUUUAGGAAUGUCACAUUUGGUGGUGCAUUACUUGGUUCGGAGACUGCAGAUUCGUAUAGAUGGCUUUUAAGAUGCUUUGUUAAUGCUUUUGGAAGUGAGCCUAAAGUUGUUGUUACUGAUCAAGAUGCUGCAAUGAAGAGAGCUAUUAAGGAUGUACUUCCAAGAAGUAGGCAUAGGUUAUGUAUGUGGCAUAUAUGGGAGAAAUUGAAGACAAAGGUUGGUCCUGUUUUGUCAGCAAACACUGAUUUUAAUACAAGAAUGACUCGUGUUGUUUGGAAUGAUACUAUUAUUCCAGAAGAUUUUGAAACUGAGUGGCAUUCAAUAAUGUUUACUUUUGGAUUGGAAAAUCAUGAGUGGUUAAAAGACAUGUACGAUCUUCGAUUUGAUUGGAUUCCUGCUUAUUACCAUGGAGAGGAUUUGGCUGGGCUUAUGCAUUUGCAAUCCAAGAUGUACACUUGUUGA